UGGGUUAAGAGCUCCUGAUUUUCUAUUGGCCACCAGGAAGAGGCUGCACAGAAAAAAAAACGCUGCUUGUAACCAACAUCAAGAGGAGAUGCAGACCUAUUUCAAGUUAAUAUGUCCAAAACGUGGCCGUUACAGUGCAUUGGAAGAGGCUUGUCACAGCGACAUGCCAUGCCUGGCACCGGAGGGCACAGCUGCUGGAUUUUAUGGCUGUAGGAAGAUGCCACAGCUUGUAGGAGAUGGAGAGACUGCUACGGCUACAGAGGGAAACUAUAUUACUGCAAUCCCCUCCUGCAUCAUACAUGAUAAGUGACCUUCAUAUACAGGAGGAUUAGGACCCGGUGUGACCACCAUUACUGGGACUACCUGUUUAUGCCGUGGAUGCAUUGGGUUUCCAUUAGUCACCAUGUUCCAUUUAUACUUUGGGACCUUCCAGCCUUUGCUGCUUCUUUGCCUCUUUGAAUGGAGACCCAUGGCUGCUGAUUUUGGGGUCUGGCAGCGAAUAUAUAGGCACCCAAUGCUGAGGAGCAGGGCACUGUAUUCUUCCUACGGGAUGGAGUCUUCAUCGGCAGCCUCUACACCGUUUCAACGCCAUAAAAGAGGAGCUACCUCGUCGAAUAUAACCAGACAAAGCAGGCGGAACAACUUACUGCCAAAUGAAUCUAUUUGCCCUUACAAAGUGUUCAGCGAGGGGCAGGAGAGCUCCAAAAAGAGCAUCUGUUUCAGGACCAUGGACAGGGACUUCCGCUGCGACCAAAGAGAAUGCAUCGUGUACAAGUCAGGGAGGUCUUUGUUGGCCAACGUGUUGAGAAACAGCAGUGUCCUUCUACAAUGGCAGCCAGCGGAUCCGUACCUGGCGGACCUGAAAGGGUUUUUGAUCAACUGCUCUUGGAACGGCACUUUUACUCGCUUUCAAUGCGACAGCGUCCAGCUAGGUGUGAACUGCAGAGACUACCUCCUAACCAAUGUGCACGACAAUGUCAGGUAUCGAAUCUGCCUGCAGACCCUCUUCGCCAACAGGACGUCUAUGGAAGAAUGCGUGGACUUUAGCGUGGAGCCUGUGGGCAUGCAAGACAUUGUUAUCGCCAUGACUGCUGUAGGGGGGUCUAUAUGUGUGAUGCUGGUCAUCAUCUGCCUCUUAGUGGCCUACAUUACCGAGAAUCUCAUGCACCCUGCCUUUAUGCACCCUUCUUCUAAGAGGGGACCGUGACAUUUUCGUUUCCUUAGGUUUAAGGAAAGGACGCUGGAUAUUUGAGAGUUCACAUUGACUUUACUGAUAAUUGGGACAAUAUCACUGUGAAGUUAGGAAAUUCUAGACCUAAAAGACUAUACUAUGUGCCAAACUCAUGGGAACGGCAAUGGGUAUCUUGCCGGCUGUUGUAAAACUACAAGUUCCAGCAGCUCUUUGACUUGUAGCUCUACAAUAACUGCUUUAAACUGCAAAUGUAUACGAGUCUCAGUGAAAAUUGUAUAUGUUUCGACAAUAGUCAUACACUGUGCAGAGUCUCUACUCUCGUAUAUUAGCUGUGAUCACAAUAGGAGGCAAUAAUACAAAAAAGGUAUUCAACGCAUUGCAGCCACUGGUCUUGUGUUUAGAGCUGUGCUUCCCAACCGGGGUGCCUCCAGCUGUUGCAAAACUACAACUCCCAGCAUGCCCGGACAGCCGUUGGCUGUCCGGGCAUGUUGGGAGUUGUAGUUUUGCAACAGCUGGAGGCACCCUGGUUAGGAAGCACUGGUUUAGAGGGUAGAUAGCAAAAUGUUCAUGACUACUUCACAUCAUUGUGGGAACUGAUAACAUCUGGUGACCUCCUUUUAAAGUUGACAUUUUGAACAUUUUAAUACUAUUAUUCUAUCGAAUUACCCUCCGAGAUGGUAGACGGAUUGGGAAACUUGUACUGUGUAUGGCCGAUCUCAUGUAAGCCACCAGUUCUCAUCAUGGAUUUCAGGAGUACGAUGCGAGAAAACCAAUGAGAUGAGCAAACACUAAAUAGAUGCUUAUUCACUAUACGAGGGGAGGGGAGGGGGUGUGUGAUUUUUUUUUUUUAUAACAUAUAUAUUACUAUAACACUAUUUUAUCUGUGGUCUGACCUCCAUGGUAGAGAAGUCUAUGUUACAAUGUACAUAGUAGUUAGAUUGAUGUAUUAGAAGAAUAAGAGAUAUUUUACAAUAUGUCAGCAUAUUAACAGAUAGCUUUAUAGUGGACGUGGAUGUUUAUUGCUGGCUGGGUGCUCACUGUGUAACAUGAUAGAUAACACAGGGUAUGUAUAAUAUAUAUAUAUAUAUAUUACACAUCAGUCUAUAGUAGGAGGCACAGCCUGGUAUCAGAAGCUGUAGUCAGUGUUUUGACGAUAAAUGUAUAAAUGUUGGUUGCCUGUAGUCUUACAUAGCUAUAAUACACCACCG